AUGAGUUCCCAGCAGAAGCAGCCCUGCACCCCACCCCCCCAAAUUCAGCAGCAGCAGGUGAAACAGCCCUGCCAACCUCCACCCCAGGAGCCAUGUGCCCCGAAGGAACCAUGCCACCCCAAGGCUCCAGAGCCCUGCCACCCCAAGCAGCCUGAGCCCUGCCACCCCAAGCAGCCUGAGCCCUGCCACCCCAAGCAGCCUGAACCCUGCCACCCCAAGCAGCCUGAGCCCUGCCACCCCAAGCAGCCUGAGCCCUGCCACCCCAAGGCACCAGAGCCCUGCCACCCCAAGGUUCCCGAGCCCUGCCCCUCGACCGUCAUUCCAGCGCCCGCUCAGCAGAAGACCAAGCAGAAGUAAUGUGUUCCAGAGCCACGCCUGGGGGAGCGGCCACCUGAGGUCGAUCACCGUUCCCAUUCUGUUAUGAGCCCCACUUGCUGUCAGCCCAAGUCCUAGCCCCUUCUUUGCACCCCCAAAAAAGAUGUCCAUCCUGUACAGUCACU